GCGCCAUAAAGACCGCCGCGCGCACGAACGCCGAGCUCGCUGCGCGCUGCUGCUGCUGCUUCUUCCUCUUCCGCGCACGUCCAGCUCCGUGUAACUCUCCGGUCCCGCCAUGGCCGCGCUCACCCGGAACCCGCAGUUCCAGAAACUGCAGGAAUGGCACCGUGCGCACCGCGCCGAUCUCAAUCUGCGGCUCCUUUUUGAGAAAGAUCCGGAGCGCUUCAACCACUUCAGCUUGAACCUCAACACCAACCAUGGGAAUAUUCUGGUGGAUUACUCCAAGAACCUCGUGAACAAGGAGGUGAUGGAGAUGCUGGUGGACCUGGCUAAGUCCAGGGGCGUGGAGGCUGCACGGGACAAAAUGUUCAGUGGUGAGAAGAUCAACUACACCGAGGAUCGGGCAGUGCUUCAUGUGGCCCUCCGGAACCGGUCCAACACACCCAUUGUGGUGGAUGGCAAAGACGUGAUGCCAGAGGUCAACAGGGUUCUGGAGAAGAUGAAGUCUUUCUGCCAGCGGGUCCGGAGUGGUGACUGGAAGGGGUACACCGGCAAAUCCAUCACGGACAUCAUCAACAUCGGCAUUGGAGGCUCCGACCUGGGACCCCUCAUGGUGACUGAAGCCCUCAAGCCAUACUCUGCAGGAGGUCCCCGCAUCUGGUUUGUUUCUAACAUUGAUGGAACUCACAUUGCCAAAACCUUGGCCAACCUGACCCCCGAGUCUUCCCUGUUUAUAAUCGCCUCCAAGACCUUCACCACCCAGGAGACCAUCACCAAUGCAGAAACGGCAAAGGAGUGGUUUCUUAACACAGCCAAGGAACCCUCUGCCGUUGCCAAGCACUUUGUCGCCCUAUCCACCAACACGACCAAAGUGAAGGAGUUUGGAAUUGACCCUCAAAACAUGUUCGAGUUCUGGGAUUGGGUAGGUGGCCGCUACUCGCUGUGGUCAGCUAUUGGACUUUCCAUCGCUCUGCACGUGGGUUUUGACCACUUUGAACAGCUGCUCUCCGGGGCUCACUGGAUGGACCAGCACUUCCGCAAGACACCCCUGGAUAAGAAUGCCCCGGUCCUUCUGGCUCUACUGGGGAUCUGGUAUAUCAACUGCUUUGAGUGUGAGACCCAUGCCUUGCUGCCCUAUGACCAGUACAUGCACCGUUUUGCUGCCUACUUCCAGCAGGGCGACAUGGAGUCCAAUGGGAAGUACAUCACCAAGUCCGGUACUCGAGUGGACCACCAGACAGGCCCCAUUGUGUGGGGAGAGCCAGGGACCAAUGGCCAACAUGCAUUCUAUCAGCUUAUCCACCAAGGCACCAAGAUGAUACCCUGUGAUUUCCUCAUCCCUGUCCAGACCCAGCACCCCAUACGGAAAGGUCUGCAUCACAAGAUACUCCUGGCCAACUUCUUGGCCCAGACUGAGGCCCUGAUGAAGGGGAAGUUGCCUGAAGAGGCUAAGAAGGAGCUCCAGGCUGCAGGAAAGAGCCCGGAGGACCUGGAGAAGCUCCUGCCACACAAGGUCUUCGAAGGAAAUCGCCCAACCAACUCUAUUGUGUUCACCAAGCUCACACCAUUCAUUCUGGGAGCCUUGAUUGCCAUGUAUGAACACAAGAUCUUCGUUCAGGGCAUCAUCUGGGACAUCAACAGCUUCGACCAAUGGGGAGUGGAGCUGGGGAAGCAGCUGGCCAAGAAGAUCGAGCCUGAGCUGGAGGGCAGCUCUGCCGUGACCUCUCACGACUCCUCCACUAAUGGCCUCAUCAGUUUCAUCAAGCAGCAGCGGGAUGUCAAAAUAGAAUAAACUCAGCCGCAGCCCUCUUGACUGGUCCUGGUCCCUCUCCAUCCCGUCUCUGCAUGGUCCUGCUCCCCUGCCCACAGCACUCCUCUGGUCAUGGGCUCGCACUACAAGGCUCGGGGAGAAUUGCCACGGGAUUGCUGUCCACCCACUCUACACCCUGUAGAAUCGGGAGAAGUGCUUUGAUACAUCUGAUCGUUCUGACCCAUAUUCACAUCCCAACUAGAAUAAAGAUGCCGUAGAGGAGGCAUGGGCUCAGCCUCUUAGUUUCCUGAGGUGGGGCUUUAUCUGUCAGCUGCGGGUGACCCUGCUGUGCCCUGGUUGGCGCUUGACUCCGUGGUGAGCAGGUCCGCAGUGGAGGGUGGUUCUGUGGGACAGGGAUCAGUCAGGAGGGCAACCUGGUGUCCAGGCUUAACCUCACCUUCCACUCUUCACCUUGGAGACAUGGAAAACUUUCUGCUCACUGGCUAGGGUUUUGCUUAUUGUUUUGGUGUCAAAACCUAGGGAUGACCUGUUUAAAUUAUAUGUAUCAAUUUAUUUAGUGUGUAGGUGUGUGCACAUGUGUGUCAGUCAGAGGACAGCUUCUGGAAGUCCUCGACUUCUGGUGUGUCAAUUCUGGGGAUCGAACUCAGGUUGUGAGGCUAGAUGCAAGUACCUUUAUUCACCUAACCAUCUCACCAGAUCCGACUUUUUUUUAAAUGUGUGUGUUUGUGUCUUUGUGAGUACAUGUGAGUGCUGGUGCUGGUGGAGGCCAGGACAGAGAUCAUCAGGGCCCCCUGGAAAUGCAGUUCCAGGUGGUUGGUUGUGAGCCACCCAGAUGGGGUGUUAAGAACAGAACUCAGGCCUCUGCAAGAGCAGCAAGUGCUCUUGACUGCUCAGCCAUCUCUUAAAGCCCUCAAAAGACAGUUUUAGCUGGGUAUAUUGACUGUCACCUUAGACAUGGACACACAUCCUAGCCAUUGGGAGUCUGUGGUGUGAGACUGAGUGACAGUCAGAUAGCUCUACUUUCCUCCGUCUUCACUGUGGGCCACUGAAUAAGAACACUUGGCACACAAGCCUGGUCACCUGAAUUCAAUCCAUGGGACCCAUAUAAAGGUGGAAGGAGUGAGCUGGCCUCCGAGUUGCCCUCUGACCAUGUGCUGGCAUGCACCCCCUCACACACCCAAUAAUGAAAUGUAAAUGGUACCACAACUUAUUUGAAGCUAGCCCGAGCAGAGAAGCAAUUCCAGGUUUGUCUGGCUACACAGUGGAAACCUGUCUCAAAAAGGGGGGGGGGGGUGAUAGGGUCUCAGAUGUAGCUCAAUGGCAGAGCAUGCUCAAGGCUUGGGUUGUCUCUAUCAUGUGCACACACAGGCAUGACUUGAAUGAGGUAAGCAGAUAUUGGAGGUUCAGGGGAGGCCCACCACUGCUGGAGGAUGUCUUGGUGGUAUGGUUUGGAUUUAAAGGUUCCAGUAAUAAAGGAUUGUCUCCAGCAGGUGGCGCUAUUGGAAAGGGGUAGAAAGAUUUUGCUGCUAACUUUCUCUGCAUCCUGGCUACCACUUUUGUGGAGAUGAACAGUCUUCUCUCUGACAGUCUCAUCCUGUUCUCAAAGCACUGAAAUCCAGAUGUGCUAUUUGGCUUAUACUUUCGGGUCACAAUCCAUCAUGGAGGGAAAUCCUUCUAGGAACCAUAGAGGAACUGCUUGCUGGCUUGCUCCAUCCCACAAUGGCUGUGCCCUCCUGCAUCAGUUAGUAAAACCAGGACAGUCACAGAUAGCACCAAACACCUGACCUAUGCAAUUCUUAGACUGAUGCUUCUCUCAGAUGGCUCUACACUACGUUAAAUUAACAAGGCUGACCAACAUACCAUGGCCUGAACACCAUAACCCAAAAUAAAUCUUCCUUAAGUUGGUUUUUUACAGUGAAAAAUAAAUGCUGGGCUGGCAA